AUUGGCUGAGCAAGGACGUGCGGCGGUGCGCGGCGGGGGGUGGCGGAUGGCGCGUGCGGAGCCGCCGGCCGCCAGCUUCGAGCGGCGCGUGCUGCGGAGCGCGGCGGAGUACCACUACCUGCGCGUGCGGCUGGAGCUGCCGGACGGGGUGACUCGGCCCACCGUCGCGCAGUUCAAGCAGCUGGUGGUGUCGGCCCUGAGGGAGCUUCAUGGAGAGGUUGGAGCAGCUUUGCCUGUUGAUGUCUUAACAUAUGAGGAAAAAACUGUGUCUGCCAUAUUAAGAGUUAUUAGUAGUGGCCUUGUUAGGCUGUGGAGUGCUCUAACAUUGCUGGGCUUCUACCAGAACAGGAGGUGUGCCUUUCGAGUGCUGCAGACAUCUCCAUUCCUUCUUGCAUUAGCUGGCAACAGUAGAGACCUAGUCUUGGACUGAAUGCAGUUGCUGGUGUGGUUGUACAAAGAAGAAGUUACUUGAGAUGUUGCAGCUC